AAAAACCUCAAUUCACAGCUUUUUACCUUCUCUCCGAUUCUCUGCAGAGCGUCAAGGGUUUCGAAAAUGUCUGGUCGGGGUAAGGGCGGCAAGGGCUUGGGAAAGGGCGGAGCCAAGCGUCACAGGAAAGUGCUACGGGACAACAUCCAGGGCAUCACGAAGCCGGCGAUUCGCCGUCUGGCUCGUCGUGGUGGCGUCAAGCGAAUCAGCGGGCUCAUCUACGAGGAGACUCGCGGCGUUCUCAAGAUUUUCCUGGAGAAUGUGAUCCGCGACGCUGUGACCUACACAGAACACGCUCGGAGGAAGACGGUGACCGCCAUGGAUGUUGUUUAUGCUCUGAAGAGGCAGGGAAGGACUCUGUACGGGUUCGGCGGUUAACUGGCUUGGCUAGGGUUUCUAGGGUUAGGUUGGAUUGGGCCCUGUAAAUGGCGCUUUUAGUGUUAGGUUUAUGCGUAUGCGUAUCAAAAUCGGGCUUAUUGUUUGUUCGACAGUGGGUGAUUGUGUUGAAUGGUUGAUCUGAAUCGCCAUGGUUUAGAAUGAAAUUGCCUUAAUUUCAAGUCGAUUUUCUGGGUA